CAACUCCCUGGUACCAUGAUUCCCCCCUCUCUCACAUGGUUGCCUGGAUACCAGUUAUCCCUGCCUGGUGGCUCCAUGUUCACCACUCACCAGGCAUCCACAGUGGCCAUGGAAACAGCGCUGAUCUUUCUGUGCUCUCUGCUGGUGUCUGUGGUCGUAGCGGAUGCAGCCAAUCAAGAGAAGGAAAAAGAUCCUUUCAACUAUGAUUACCAGAGUUUGAGGAUCGGCGGUUUGGUGUUUGCCGUGGUCUUGUUUUCUGUUGGAAUUCUCCUUAUACUCAGCAGGAGGUGCAGAUGCAGCUUCAACCAAAAGCCCAGAGCCCCUGGGGAUGAGGAGGCUCAGGCGGAGAACUUGAUUGCCUCAAACGCAACAGGGGCGCAAAAGUUAAUGGCGUUUGUCCACCCGCCCCCUAUUAAUAUGCUUUCCCGGUGGUGCACGCGCCCAGGCCAAGGCACCGCUGGACGGCUCACUGGGAAGAUGGCUGAUGAGAUCGUCCCUGAGCAGGUGCCUGACAAGUUCACCUAUGACUACGAGACCAUUCGGAAUGGGGGGCUGAUCUUCGCUGUGGUGGCUUUUGUGGUCGGACUCCUCAUCAUCCUCAGUCGGCGGUUCCGCUGCGGAGCAAAGAAAAGAAGGAGACAAGGUGACGAUGAUGAGCUGUAGCUGCAGAGCUGCCUGGACUGUCUGGAAAGAGGCUUCCUGCCCAGUGCUCUGUCGGAGUCGGGGGAAUUCUCUCCAGGAGCCAAGCCCCUUGCACCGGAGACAUUAACCCUCUCAGCCCUGCACCUCUAUACAAAUCCUUUUCAUGGCUUUCCUUUGUAAAAUCGGUUCAGUGCUUCUUUGCCUCAAUAAAGCUCCUGCUGAGAGAGGGUUAAAGCUUGUA